AUGCCUUCUCCGCUCUUGCAGGAUAAUUGGGAUCAUCUGAAGCUUGAUAAUUUUACCUCCUUGCAAGACAGCCCAGUUCGAAGGAGAAGAAAGAUUGAUGGGUCGAACAGAACACAUCAGGAGUCUUCAAAUACACAGAGUGUAUUUAAUGGCAGUGCCACCCCCCCUCUACCCACAUUGAACUCUAGACAAAAACUCUUUAACAUAACAAAUUUAGGCGGUGUGUUGAAUGACAGUCCCACUUCUGUUGUUGGUAAUUCAGUUGGAUUCCAUACUCCCCCUCUGUCCACAUUCAACUCUAGACAACCGCUCUCGAACAUAACAAAUUUAGGCGGUGUAUUCAAUGGCAGUCCCACACAUGGAUUCUGUACUCCCCCGCUGCCCACUUUGAAUUCUAGACAACCACUCUGCAAUAUAACAAAUUUAGGAGUUCAAGCAACAACCCGUAGUACUACCAAAUCCAGCAAUACUCCCCAAGCUACACCCAAUGAUUCAACAGACAACCGUAAAGGAAAACGUGUGAGCAAAGCAACAACCCACAGUACUACCGCAUCCACCAAUACUCCCCAAGCUACACCCAACGUUUCAACAGUCCCAUGUUCUGCUAUAUUCAAGAAUUUGUUUGCUGCAACAAAUAGUCCCCGUACCAGUGGCAGUGGUCGUUGUCCAGCCCCCCCUUCUGCAGCAAAUAAGUCGGCAGGUGGGUUAAAUGUUACUCCCGGUUCUUUUGCUGCUGAUACUGAUGGAUUUGAUACCCCCCCGCUGCCUAUGUACAAUUCUAGACAACCACUAUCUAAUGUAACAAAUUUAUCUGCCAACCGUACCAGACACAAUGUGCGUAAAGCAGCAACAAGCAGCACAACAACAUCCACCAGUACUCAUGGAUCAAAAAAAAAAAGACAACAGAAUGAAAAAAACCGUUCUCUUGACACUACACAAGUACCCUGUUCACGGUUGUUUCACCCAACAGUUGACGACACCAAUUAUGAAGACAUUGAGAAUUCCCAUCUGACUGAUAUACCUUCUGAAGACGAAGAACCGCUGCCUGAUGAUUAUGGCAGUGAUGUAACUGAAGAUUCAUCAGAACCGGAUCAGAAUGAAGAUGCUCAUAUUAGGCAUCAAGUGCCCACCGGCUAUGCGUCUUUGGGACCUCCUACCGAGUGCUGUAACAAAUGUCAUGCCAUUAUGUGGAAAGAGGAGAGGGUGAAUAAAAAUGUUACAAAGGGUAUUCCUAAGUUUAGCACAUGUUGUGGACAAGGUACCAUUAAACUUCCACCGACUCCACCUACUCCUGAUUACCUCAUGCAUUUGUACACCGAUAAAAACAAGUCAAAGCAUUUUAAGCAGAAUAUCCGUCUAUACAAUGCAAUGUUUUCGUUUACUUCUACUGGUGGAAAGGUUGACUACUCUAUUAAUCGUGGAAGAGCUCCUUAUGUAUAUCGUCUCAAUGGUCAAAAUCACCAUGUCUUUGGUACACUCAUCCCUGAUGAUGGAAAAGAUCCAAAGUUUUGCCAGCUUUAUAUAUACGACACUGAACAUGAGGUGCAGAAUAGGAUGAAAUGGGUAAGGGUUGAUGAUGGUGAGCCUGUCAAUUCUGAGAUUGUUGAAGGCUUGAUAAGGAUGCUAGAUGAAACUAAUCAGCUGGUUAGGAAGUUUAGACAAGCCAGGGAUCGCUUCAAAGAGCAGCCAAUAAGGAAUCUUAGAAUAAAAAUGAAAGUCUGUCGUUCGGAGAGUGGCCGUGAAAAUAAUAUCGGCCCAUCAGAUGAGGUAGCUGCUGUUUUGGUUGGAGACAUAAACACUACAGUUGGUGAAAGGGAUAUUAUUAUUGAGAAGACUCAUAUUGAUCCUAAUGUAAAAGUUUAUGAACGUAUCUGCUCUGUACACCCCUCACUUAUGGCUCUUCAAUACCCACUACUGUUUCCCAUGGGUGAAGAUGGUUACCAUGAUGAGAUUCCAUAUGUUGAUCCUGACAACCAGAACAAGAAGAAGAGGAAACGCAUUACCAUGAAAGAGUACUACUCUUACAAACUACAAGUUCGAAAAAAUGAAGGUCUUACAGUUCGUUUGGGUGGGCGUCUGUUCCAACAAUAUGUUGUAGAUGCUUUCUCUACUGUAGAGCAGGCGCGUUUGUGGUGGCUACGUACUCAUCAAAAGAUUUUGCGCAGUAAUUUGUAUACGAAUAUUUCCAAGAAACUUCAAAAGGGAAAUACUGACACUGCUAAUGUUGGUAAAGGCUUCAUUUUACCAGCUAAUUUUUUGGGAUCCAGGCGAUAUAUGCAGCAGAAUUUUCAAGACGCACUAGCUGUCUGCCGCGUCAUAGGUCAUCCGGAUAUUUUCCUCACAAUGACUUGCAAUGCUUUAUGGGAUGAAAUUUUAGAAAUGAUGAAGCAUCUACCCGGCUGCUCACCACAAAACUCUCCAGACAUAAUAGCAAGAGUAUUUCACCAGAAGCUACAACAAAUUGUAGAUGACAUUAAGAAGAAGAAUUAUUUUGGUACCUGCCUAGGAGUGGAGUUCCAAAAACGUGGUCUACCACAUGUACAUAUGCUAAUCUGGCUAAAUUCAGACUCGAAGAAGAACUUGAGUACCAAUGUCGACAAUUAUGUAUCUGCCGAGAUUCCAGAUCCAUUGAAAGAUCCUGAAGGUUUCAAUGCUGUCAGCAAAUUCAUGAUCCAUGGACCAUGUGGUUUGCAGAACCCGAAAUGUGCUUGCAUGAAAAAUUUUAAAUGUACAAAGCAUUUUCCGAAGAAGUAUAAUGCCAGCACCAUCUUUGAUCAAUCUGGUUUUCCCAUUUACAAACGUAGGAACACUGGAAUAAAUGUCAAGAAGGGUCAGUUUUAUCUUGACAACAGAUGGGUUGUUCCAUACAACCGAGAUCUGUUAGUCAAGUAUCAGUGCCACAUGAAUGUAGAAAUCUGUUGUCAUGCUAGGAGCUUAAAAUAUUUAUUCAAAUAUUGCUUAAAAGGACAUGAUCGUGCCACGGUUGAAAUUUCUUCUGAGAAUGGUAAUGCAACAGUUGGAGCUGAUCAACCAGUUGAUGAAAUAAAUGCAUAUUUUGAUGGUCGGUAUAUUUGUGCGUGCGAGGCAGCUUACCGCAUUUUUGGAUAUCCAAUACACUACCGGUCCAUAUCUGUGCAUCGUCUUUCAUUCCACCUGCCUGGGGAACGUACGUGCACAUUUACAGAAAAUGAUACUUUAGAGAAAGUUGCACGGAGGAAUAGGCACAAGCGUUCACAGCUGGAAGCUUUCUUUCUACUUAACCAAACAGAUCCAUCUGCAAGAAAGUAUACAUAUGAUCAAAUCCCAGAGCAUUACGUAUGGAAUGAAGUAGAUAUGAUAUGGACAAUGAGGAAGAAAGGAAGUCAAAUUGGGAGAUUGCUAUAUACACAUCAUAGUGCUGGUGAGAUUUGGUACCUUCGUCUUUUGCUAACAAAGGUGUGCGGCCCAACCUCUUACAAUCAUUUGAAGACUGUCAAUGGGAGAUGCUACAAUUCCUUCAAAGAAGCAUGUUUAAAUCUUGGUUUAUUGGACGAUGACAAAGAGUGGCAUGAGGUAAUAGAAGAGUGUGCUAAAUCUGGGCUGCCUCCUCAAAUCAGACAGCUCUUUGUCCAUAUUAUUGUUAACUGUCAAGUUACUGACCUGCUAAAUCUAUGGCAACGACAAUGGAAGUCCAUGGCUGAUGACAUCUUGCUCCAACGUAGGAAUUUAUAUGGCGAAGAACCUACAACCAUUUCAGAGAAGCAACUACAAUUCUAUGUUCUUGCAGAAAUUGAUAAGUUGCUCAAAUCCAUUGGUAAAUCUAUCAAACAUUUUAGUCAAUUGCCACAGCCUCCUUCAUCCUACCUGCAAACUGGUCAGAAUAAUUUGGUACUAGAGGAAACAAGUUACAAUCUUGAAAAUAUGGCAACUGAAUUUGAAAGCCUAUAUCACAACUGUAAUCCUGAACAAAAAGAGGUUUAUAAUGCUGUUCUCAGCUCAGUGGAGAAGAAUGAAGGAGGUCUGUUUUUUGUAUAUGGUAGCGGAGGAUGUGGUAAAACUUACGUUUGGAAAACAUUGAUUUACAAGCUGCGCUCACUUGGCAAAAUUGUUUUACCGGUGGCUUCAUCUGGAAUUGCUGCCACCCUAAUGCCAGGCGGACGCACUGCUCACUCAUGAUUCAAAAUUCCUAUAAUGCUUGAUGAGUACUCCUCUUGUGCGAUAGCUCAUGAUUCUGAUAUAGCUGAGCUAAUUAGAAAUACAAGUCUAAUCAUAUGGGAUGAAGCACCUAUGCAACAUAGGUACGCAUUUGAAUGCCUCGACCGUUCUUUACGAGAUAUAAUGAAAUCUGUUGAUCCAAACAGAUAUCAAAUGCCAUUCGGAGGGAUUACAGUUCUCUUAGGCGGAGAUUUUCGUCAGAUCCUCCCAGUUAUAAAUUAUGCCUCUCGUGGUGACAUUGUUUCGGCGUGCAUCACAAAUUCAUUGUUGUGGUAUAAUGCCAAAAUUUAUAUUCUUCAUCGUAAUAUGAGGCUCAAUCAAGGCAACACUGCAGAGGAGGUUGAAGAAUUGCGGACUUUUGCUGAAUGGGUGUUGAAAAUAGGUAAUGGUACUCUGAAACCUCCUCAACAAUCUCACAUAACCUAUGAAGAAGAUGACAUUCUUCUGCCUAUCAAUUUCUGUGAUCCUGAUGUACAGAAUUCUGUUGAGAACAUGAUAUAGUGGACUUAUCCAGAAUUGCUGGCAAAUUACAUGUCAGCUAGCUAUAUAAGUGAAAGAGCUAUACUCACUCCUACAAACCAGGUAGUUGGUCAUUUGAAUUCUCAAAUUGUUGAAAACCUGCCUGGUGAACAAAAUACCUAUUUUAGUGUAGAUCGAGCUGAAGAUUUCGGUGGCACUGCAUCUGAUUUUGGGUUUGCUUUUCCACCUGAGUACUUGAACGCUUUCAACAUCUCUGGACUUCCUGCUCACGAUUUGAAACUCAAAGUUGGUGCUGCUGUCAUGCUAAUGCGCAAUCUCAAUCAAACUCUUGGCCUGUGUAAUGGUACCAGAAUGAUAGUGACAAAGUGUUUAAGAAAUUGUGUUGAAUGCGAGGUCAUUUGUGGAGCUUUCGUUGGUUCAAGACAUUUCAUUCCUAGAAUGGAGUUAUGCCCGACUGAUACCAAACUGCCUUUCAAGCUCAUCAGGAAACAAAUGCCACUUCAGAUAUGCUAUUCCAUGACCAUCAACAAGUCACAAGGCCAGUCGCUUGCUAAAGUCGGAUUAUAUUUGCCAAACCCCGUAUUUACUCAUGGCCAAUACUAUGUUGCUGUCAGUAGAGUUACUUCUCCUGGUGGACUUAAAGUCUUCAUAAACUCUAGCAAUGGCUCACCAACAAAUGUAACUAAAAAUGUUGUCUACAAGGAGAUUUUUUAUAA